AUGUGCAUUUUAUAUUCUCUGUCAAAACACAUAGUUUUUGUCCACAUCUUGGCCUUACAAGUCCUUACACGCAGUGUUUCGUCGUUGAACCUUACCAAUGCGUAUCUGCACCACAAAUGCCUGGACAGAAAAGGGAAAUAUCAGCCUGGAAGUGAAUUCGAGAAACACUUCACCGAUGUCACCGAAUCCGUCCCUACCGUGCUGAAUGAAGAAAUAGCCAUGUCUGUUGGCACUGCUCCUAAUGUGAUCACCAUCAUAUUCCAAUGUCGCGGUGACUCUUACGGUUCCAAGUGCCGCUCUUGCUAUGCUACCGCGGUUGCUGGGGUAUGA